AUGCCGCGCUGGGCCAAUAUCCUGGCCGCGGUCGGCACGCUCACCGCCGCCGCGGCCCAUCUCGACCAGCUGCCGCAGCACGCUUCCUCGCCCAACCCGCCGCCGAUCACGGGCAGCAACCCCCUCGUCGCGCUCGCCGGCGCCGUCGUCAGCAGCGUCCUCUACCUCCUCCAACUCGCCCAGUAUGUUGCUGGCGUUGUGACCAUCACCGUGCCCACAAUGAUUGUCCGCAUGCUCCAGUACUCGUUCACCAUCUCCCUUGGAUUCCCGCACUUUGCUGCCCUGUUUAUAGGCUUUGCAGGCGCCCUCUUUGCCCUCAUUCGUUACCGCUACCUCACUCAAUAUACCAAACUCAAGGAGAGCGCCCUCCCACUACCUUCCCCCGCAUCUCUCGCCAACACCCUCCCUCUUAUCAAUGAUGCAGCACUCAACGACGCCUCAAGCAGGUCCACAAACGUGCUUCACUCUUACCUCGAUGACUUCCUCUCCGCUAUUCGCAUCUUUGGCUACCUCGAGCGCCCUGUCUUCCAUGAACUCAGCCGCCACCUCCAGACGCGUCGCCUCGCCGCUGGUGACACGAUAGAAAUCGGUGGCGGCGAGUUCUGGUGCGUCGUAGAGGGACGCGUCCAAGUGUUUGCUCCCAACUCUGAUCACUCGCCUUCACUCGAGUCGCCUGAUCCGUUCGAAACGACCAGAGAGUCGUUCAACGGCUAUAGCCUCGUCAACGAGGUGUCGACUGGAGGCACGUUGUCGUCCUUGUUCUCCAUCCUGUCCUUGUUCACCGAACACAUCAAACUCUCCUGGAACGAGGAUGCCGCCGAAGCCCCUCGCUCUGCCUUAUUCGCCGAAGAGCCCGAGCGCCCGCGUUCCAGAGCAAACUCUGACGUGAGCCAGCUCGACGGCAAGACCAUGGGCGUGGCGAGCCCGGAAACUGUGCCGCAGGACAGACCACCAUCGUCCCCAUCUACCUCGACCGUCCAGGGCACUAUCCGCCAGUCGUCUUCGUCUCCCGAGAUCAACAGAUUGCCCCAGUCUGCUUCCUCCUCGCAGCCCUCUACCAGCACCCACUCGCCCAUGUUUGGCCCACUCAAUGGCAUGUCCACAUUAAAGCCCCCAGGCCUCUCGCACCUUGACACGCACCAGCCGGGCUCUCGCGGAUCAGGCUCCAGUCGUCAUCGCCACCAAACGCCACUCGAGUCGGUCGCUAUGAAGGGCACUAUUGCCCGCGCGACUGUAGACAGCACACUCGCUGUCAUCCCUGCCGAAGCGUUCCGCAAGCUCACCCGCAAGUUCCCCAAGGCUGCAGGAUCAAUCGUUCAGGUCGUUCUCGAGCGUUUCAGCCGUGUUACCUUCAUGACGGCUCACAAGUUCCUCGGGCUCACCCGCGAGAUUCUGCGCUCGGAAUCUGCGCUCAACUCCCUCGUGUCCCACCCUCUUCCCCGGUCCUUUUACAGCGGCGGUGGCAUGCAGGCUCUUCGAGACCGCUUCCAGCCGGAACUUCGUCCCAAGCACCAGCCCUUCCCUAACCCGGAACAGUCUCCAGCACGCACAAACUCAGGCGGUCCCGACUUCUUCACCUUCGAGUCACCCAGUCCAACUGUCAGAGCCCCGUCACUCCCCUCCGUCACCCCAAAGAACAUUGGCACCCCAGCAACCAAGCCCAUGACAUUCAAGGGCCUUGGGGAGGGGUUCUCCAAGUUGGCCUCCGACUCUGAAGAUACUGUUGAUGAGGUCCUCAGCCCGACCACACCUCAUACGCUCCUCCGCCGCAACUCUGCCAUGCGCAAUGAGGUCGCUGCCGGAGACCUGGCCAUGGCAGGACAGAAGGAUAGCGACGGUUUCUUCAGACCUCGCUUCCCCAGAAUCGACACUUGGCGCGGUCGCACUCCCACGUCUUCUCUCAACGACCGUCGUCGCGCUUCAGCAUAUGAGUCGGAAGAGGAGGACGACUACCAGUUUCAACUGCGCGAUGAGCUCGUCAAGUCGAUCGCAAAGUCGAUUGGCCUCCUUCAGCCGCCUGACCAGCCGUCCGACUCCCGGGGCAACCGCUCAAUCGCUGCCUCUUUGUCCCUCUCUACACCAAACUCUCCAGCCAUGUUCCCCAAUGGCCGUCCUCACGGACGCUCGCCGUUCGGCAAUGUGCUCGACAUGGCCAAUGCCUCUCAUGAACGUGGAAACAUCAGUGGCCUCCUUCGUGAAAGCCUGCUGAAUGCUCGACUUGGCGUCGACGACGAUGCGAGCAGCAUGUCUGCCAGCGUCCUCGACAGUCAUGGUGGUGGGAUGGACGUCAACACCACUAUCAUGCGCGACCUUGGUAACCACCUCGACAUCCUCUACUUCAAGAAGGGCAGCGUUCUCGUCAAGCAGGGCGAGAGAGCCGCAGGUCUCUACUACGUUAUCGACGGUUUCCUCGAUGUGUCCAUCCCCAUUCAUACUCCGGGCGACCCCACGACCGCUAACCUCCUGGCUUCUGAUCUCUCUUCGGCAAGUUUAACCCGACCAUUCGGCGCCGCUCUGGGCAUCAAGGACCCUGAGGCGCCGGGGUCGGCCAAAACCCCAUCGAAGAAGGACGCUUUGGAGUGUGAAGAGGUCUUGUACACGGUCAAGCCUGGUGGCCUCGCAGGCUAUCUUGCUUCUCUCUGCAGCACCGAGUCCUAUGUCAACAUUUCCGCCAAGACCGACUGUUAUGUCGGCUUCCUGCCACACAACGCCCUUGAGCGCAUCCUGGAGCGCCGUCCAAUUGUCCUCCUAACUCUGGCAAAGCGCCUUCUGUCUCUUCUCUCGCCAUUAGUCCUCCACAUUGAUGCCGGCCUGGACUGGAUCCAGCUCAAUGCUGGCCAGAAUCUGUACGAGAAGGGUGACAAGGCAACCGACUUCUACAUCAUUAUCAACGGCCGCCUGCGCGCUAUCGAUAAGAAGGCAAACAGCGACAACGUCUCGGUUAUUCGUGAAUACGGACAAAAUGAUCCCAUAGGCGAACUGGACGUCAUUCUCGGCGCUCCACGCUCCGACACUGUCCAAGCUAUCCGCGAGACUGAGCUGGUUCGAAUUCCAACGGCCUUGUUUGACGCCGUCUCCGUCAAGCACCCUGCGACCACAAUGCAGUUCAUGAAGCUCAUUGUGGGCGAGGUUCGCAAGGCGGUGACUCAGCAUCAAACCGAGUUCCACCAGGGCAGCCACCAUGCCUCUGGAACCGCGAGCGAGCUCCGGGCGGAUCGCAACUUGAAAACUGUCUGCAUUCUGGGAUCCAACCGUGAUGCUCCUGUGGCGCAGUUCGCUGCAAAGCUCAAGACUGCCCUGGAGGACAUUGGCUCGUCGACUUCAUACCUUGACCAGGCGACUGUCAUGCGCCACCUGGGCCGCCAUGCCUUUACGAGGAUGGGCGCGCUCAAGAUCGCAGGCUGGUUGGCUGACCAAGAGCAACACUAUGAAAUCGUUCUCUAUGUCGCCGAUACCCCGCCUUCGAGCCAGUGGACCAUGACCUGCAUCCGCCAAGCCGACCUGGUUCUUGUGCUCGGGGCGGGCGAUGACCCCCAGCUGGGAGAGUAUGAAAAGGUGCUCCUCGCCAUGAAGUGUUACGCCAGGAAGGAGCUCAUUCUGCUUCACGACGAGCGGGCUGUGCCCCCAGGAUCGACCCGCCUGUGGCUCAAGAACCGCCCUUGGCUCCAAGCUCACUACCAUCUGGAGCUCCCCGGCGUGGCAGCCCCGCUCAAGUCGGGCAGCAUUCACAUCCAUGACCCGUCCGCCGUCGCCGCCUUCAAGCAUCUUCGCGAGAAGGUCGAGACGCGCAUCAAACAAUACCGUGGUCUCCGUCCCCUUGGUCGUCCCAGGCGUCCUCCCCACCUGAAUGACUUUGCACGCAUCGCCCGUCGUCUCACCGGCAGGCAGAUUGGUCUUGUUCUCAGUGGUGGCGGUGCGCGUGGUAUCUCUCAUAUCGGAAUGCUCCAGGCCUUGGAGGAGCACGGUGUCCCCAUCGACGCGAUUGCCGGCUGUUCGAUUGGUUCUCUUGUUGGUGGCCUGUACGCUCGCAAGACGGACAUUCUCGAGACGACUGGUCGUGCCAAGCAGUUUGCCGGUCGUAUGGGCUCUGUUCUGCGUAUUCUCAGCGACGUGACAUACCCAUUCGUGGCGUAUACUACUGGACAUGAGUUUAAUCGUGGCAUUUACAAGGCUUUCUAUAAUACUCACAUCGAGGACUUCUGGAUCCCCUUCUUUGCCAACUCGACGAACAUUACCCACUCUCGCAUGGAGAUUCACCGUUCGGGCUAUGCCUGGCGUUAUGUCCGCGCAUCCAUGACUCUUGCGGGUUUCCUACCACCUCUGUCGGACAAUGGAGAGCUCCUCGUGGACGGCGGUUACAUGGAUAAUACCCCAAUUGGGCCUCUCCGCGCCAGCGGUAUUCGCGACAUUAUCGUUGUCGAUGUCGGGUCUAUUGACGACACGUCGCCACGCAACUACGGCGACUCGGUCUCCGGCUGGUGGCUGUUCUUCAACCGCUGGAACCCAUUCUACAGUCGCUCUGUGCUGUCUAUGACCGAGAUCUCGUCUCGUCUCACCUACGUUUCCAGCGUCAAGACGCUCGAGGACGUCAAGAGUGACCCUCGCGUGUUGUACAUGGCCAUGCCCGUGCAGCACAUUGAGACCAUUGGUGGCUUCAAGCAGUUCCCGCAGGUCUUGGACAUAGGCCUCAAGGCCGCGCGCGUCAAGCUCAACGAGUGGGAGAAGGACGGCCGUCUGCCUCACGGUGUCUCCGUCGAGCAGAAGCCCGCAUUAACCCGUCGCGGCACGCGCAUUCGCCGAUCCUCGAUCUGAGCAGAGUGCCAAGCACGUUCCCUUCAAACCUGUACAACAUUGCAUAUACACUUUUAUCAACAGAUGCAGUCUGUUUUGUUCGAAUGUCUAUGCCUUCCCUGGGGCGGCCAUGUGGAAUCCGGCGGCGCCAGGGGAAAUGCUCAUAUGCUCUAAACUGGUGGAAAGGCCAGUGUCCUUGAUGAUCCGGCGGCGGUGCUCGCCAUACGACCCAGGCUUGGCAGCCAUGGGCAUGAUUUUGGGUAGCGAGCGGCCGGCCGAGCUCGACAUUCUGCCUCUGGUGAACUCGUCCUCCAUCUCCUCGCUGUCCUCCGACUCGUCGCCCUCCUCGUCCGAGUCGCUCUCGUCGUCGCUAUCACCACCGAGAUCGACGGCAACAUCGCUCCAGGUGCGGUACAGCGCAUCGACGUAUUCGCCCGAGCGAGGCAGGUCGUACGGGUCGAAGGGGAAGUACGAGUCGAGCCCGGCGUCGAUGUUGGUCUGGCGUGCCGUACGCGGGGCAGCGAGUGCCGGGGGAAAGGGUGCCGCCGGUGCUGAGGUCGUGCGCGAGAAUGUCCUCCGGUUGCCCGUCGUCGAGGCCGUCCUCGAUGCCGAGGCGCUUCGUCCAUUCGCCGAGUUUGUCGAGGCGCUCCGGCCUGCUGUGGCGUGCUGGUUCGCCUCGAUAAUGGAGAAGCAGUACGCAAAGCCGGUCGAGUGGGCGACCUUGGCAAACGUGCUCACGAUGGAGGGGUUGCACCCAAGCAGAGGGUUCAGCUCGCUCGUGAGCGCACGCUGGAGAACGUCCAGGUCGCGCAUCCAGCGCCCCUCCGACUCGCCAGUGUCGCUCUCUCCGUCCAAGUCAAGCUCACCGACGACGCCGUCGCCGUCUGUGUCGGCCGUGAAUGCUCGCCAGCGGAAGCAGAAGGUGAGCAUGACGGCCUGGCAGACCGCGUAGAAGAGGGGCAGUUCGUCCAUGGAGACCUUGCCGGAAGCCGCGGCCCGGGCCUGGGCGAGCUUGCCGUCAAUGUACGCGAGAAGGUAAGUCAUGACGGUGCGCGCCUGGUCGUCGGUGACGUAACGCGCGCGGCAGACGAGGGAGCCAAUGUAGACGGCGGCGGCGACCCGCUGUGUGAGGGACACGGGCUGCGAGGCGAGGGUCGGCGCGUUCGAGGUCGUGGCGUACAGCGCCUGCGAAACGAGGAGGCCGAGGAAGAGGUCGGUGUGUGCCGGGGAGAAAGACGAGGCCAGAAAGAGGAGGAAAGGGAGGUGCUGGGUGGCUGACGUGGGGAGGAUCUGGCGGGAGAAGAGGUUGAGGAGGGCCUGGAAGUGCGCUAGUGACUGGGCCGGGGUGGGCUUUGGUCUUGUCGGGAGCGCUGGGAGAGCCGACGCCGGAGGUGUGGAGUUGGUCGGGGUACCACACGUUGGCGUCCCCGAGCGGGGCGUCGAGGAACCAGAGCUGGCGACGGAGGACAAUCCCAGCGCCGCGAGUUCGGCAGCAGAGGGGCCACGCUCGCGGCCACCCAUGGCCUCCUCGAUGUGGCGCAGGAAGUAGUACAUCAUGCCGUCCAGCUUUGCGCGCAUCGACCUGAGGGCCUCGCGUUUGCGCUUCUUCUGAGCGGCGAUCUCGACAGCGUUCGUCGUGGCCUCGUCGUCGGUCUCGCGCUCGUCAUCCGAAGACAGCGCGUCGGGGUCGAGCUCUCCGUCCUCCUCAUCGUCGUCGUCGUCCUCAUCAUCGUCUCCCUCCUUCGGGACGUCCUCGGAGAUGAGCAGGUCGAAGGGGUCGUUGGCCGGCGCGCUUCCACCCGUCAUAUCUUCGUCGUCGUCGUCGUCCUCGUCGUCAUCCUCAUCGUCGUCCUCGACACGGUUGGUGAUCUCGACGUCGAUCCUCAGCAUUCGGUCGACGAGGCCGGACCACACUCUGGGGCCCAACUCGGGGCAGUACUCGAUCAUCUCGCACGCGUUGCGGACCCAGGUCGUCUGGCACACCUCAUCCUCGCGCUUGUGAGGCGAGUUGCGAUUCAGCAGAGGCUGAAUGAUGUUGGGGAGCGUGGGAAUGAGCGACAGGAGGUGCGAGAUGAGCAGGUGGUGACGGGCAUGGAAGGCGCGUCGAGUGAUGGGGGUCGAGGAAGCGGACGCGAUUUUGGGCUGCCAUGUGAGACCCCUGAUGGCCAUACCGACGACCUCCUUUGCCCACACUGGGUGCGCGCUGACGAGCACACCAGCGAAACCGACAUAGCACUUGACGAAUCGGUCGUCGCCGGCGGCCCAAGGCAGUGCGACGAUCGCCGAGAUGAGCGACGAGUGGAUCUCGGGGGACAGGAGCGAGACGUGUGCCGUCAACGCGCGGAGAAGGGGAAGGAUGGGCGCGAGCGGCACCGUCGUCUGCAGCGCAGUGGGCAGGAAGUGCGCCAGCAGGUCGUUGUAGUUUGCCAUGUUGCCGUCUGCCGACUCCUUGAGGGCUCGGGGGACGAACACGCCGAUGAGCUGGCGCUGGAAGGCCUCGCGGUCCUUUGCGUCGGCGGCGGUGCGUCCUGCCUCGCUGACAGACUUGGUGCGGCGGUUGGCGCGGAGCGAGUUUGUUCUCGGAUCCGAGCUGUCCGUCGACUCGCGGGGCCGCUUCUUGCCCGUGAGCGACGAUGCGCGGGGGGUGGCGAGGGCGAACGCGUCGCGGGACAUGGCUGGCGGCACGGGCGAGGCUAUUGGUGGUGGAGGGAGGUUGUUGCGGUGCUGCUGUCGCUUUUGGGAUAGCGGCGAGGGCGAGGCUGGUGGCUGUGGGUGGCGCGGUGUCCUGGCCGUGUGCUGUGAUGACCAGGAGGAGAAGGCUAGUGGUGGAGGCAUGGAUGGAUACGCGUGUAGUCCUUUCCCCCUGGGGAUGGGUGGGGGGCGAGACUCGGCGAGGGAUGCGCGCCGGUUCUUGUUGCUUUGCUGUUGCGGAUGCGGGGUGGAAGUCGAGGAAAGUGAUGAG